ACGUGUUCUCCGUUCUGUAUUCUGUUGGGGACUCCGUUCCAUGCAACAUCCCGCACUUUUUUACCGUGCUAGAAAUCUGGAACCAACGGCACAGAUCGGUCCCAAAGAUCCUUAAGUCAAUCGGAACCCUACAAAAUCACCGACCUAGGGUACUAAUUUGAGAAAAAAUCAGGUUUUGCUUGCCUAAAAAAUGUGAAAAUGCGGCCGCACAAGCGUCGGGCACGGGAGGAGUUCGUGCUCCUGAAGAUUCGCACUUGGGCGCCUUUUAUUACUCCACUUAGCUUUCUGUGUCUCUUUUGUUUUGUUGUUUUCUUCUUUCCCGCAAAGGCUAGACAGCUCGUGGCCUUCUCUCUCGCCGCCGGCGGCGACGGUAAGUGACUCGGGGCAUGUGUUGUUGCGGAUUCACUCCUUGUAGAAUAUUUUCAUCCUUCUAUUGACAGAAAGAAAAGCUAAUGGUGAGAGGCGUUGAUUCAGAUUAUAUUGAUCUUUCACUUAUGGGUGCAUUUGAUAUGGGCAUCAAUUUUGACGGAUUUGAGGAAAAUGUGAAAAAGUUCAUGGAGCUCCCUAUCAACUAUCUUAAUUCUGCUCAUGAUAAGGCUGUUGACUUGAUUGAAGAUGUUCAUGCAAUGAUUUGUGCUACCUUUCCUGAUGAUGUGGUGCCAAGUAAACCCCAUGAGAUAUUUAAGGAUCCAUCUAGUAGCAAUGUCAUCACUGGAUCUUCGCCAACAUCUGUUGAAACGGAGCUAAUUGGGCCAAAUGCUGAAGUCUCUACUCCUGCAUCUCUCAUUACCGUGGAAAACAGUUGUACGGGCUGUGUUGAUACCGGUGCUGAUGAAACUGAAUCAUUUUUAACCAAAAGUCCAGAAAAUACUACAUCUAAAGGGGGUCAUAUCGAAGCAAAUGAUCUUUGUUUGUUGCCAGAGGACACCUCAACAACUGAACUAUAUGAUAGCUGCAACUCUGAGGAAGUUAUUUUAUGGAAUCCAGAGAUUUCUGUGAAACCACCACGGCCACCUGAUGAUUAUGUACCAUGUGCAUUGGACACAGAUAAAAUGACAGAGCAAGUUGGACUCCACUGUUCUGGACAUUCAGAUAUUCUGGUAGAAUCUUCUGUUUUUUAUGGAGCAAUUCCGCUAGAAAAUUCUGGUGCAAAUUAUGAAGAGCAAAUGGUAUUACACAAUUUAAACGACCCUGUGGAAGCAACAGCGCAUGAAACUAUUUCACAUGACUUGAGCGCAGAUGUGUCCAGAUGUGCGGACGAUCCAAAUAUGUGUCCUGAUGACAUGAUAAAGUUUGUUAAUAUAGACCUCAGGGAUGACCAGGAGCACAUGAAAAAUGACAAAUUUGAGGCAUCCUCUGUUCAUCUACGAAAAAACACAUCAUUUAAGAAAAUGUUUAUGAGGAACUUGUCGGGUAAAAUCCGGUGGUCAAAGAAGCAAUCGAAUGCGCAUCAAGUCGUCUCUGCUAGAUCACAAGACGAAGAAAAUCUCGGAUAUCAAGCAGUUUCUUCAUCAGAUGAUCUGGAGGAUGAUUGGGAGGUGGUCAUGUAAAACUGCAAGAAGCUCCAUGUGUCUGGAUUCAGGGGAAAGCACGUGUAAAGGGAUCUCCUUAGCUACGACAUAUCUCACCAAAGGAUGAAAACAUGAGGUGUUUGCAUCUCUAUCACAUCCAUCGGCAUAACUGUAAAUUCUAGUAGAGGCUGCGUAAAGCUCUUCAAAAUUUCUCUUACUGAUCUGAACUGCAUGUAGACAAAUAUCUGUAUCAACACUUGGCUUUCAUCUGUGAAAAUUUUCAUCUA